AAUCGGCACGAAAACCAGGUUGGGGCGGUUGUUGUAUUGGUAGGCGCGAUAUUUGCAGCGCUGGAGUGGAAACAAACGACACAGUAAAGGCAUAAGGAGGAGUUGCAUCGUCGAAGGUUUUCCGUCUGCUUUCUUGAUAAAUCCUCUUGGGUGCCGCGAUCCAAACGUAUAGAUGGCGCUGCAAGAAAAAUUAGAUAGAUUCAAGAAGCAGCAAGAGAAGUGCCAAACGACUCUUACCAGCAUUGCGUCCAGGCCUUCUAAACCCGCUGCAGCUCAAAAACAUGUACCUUUAGCUGCACCAACAAAUCCAAGGACUCCAGGUCCACCUGUCAAAUUUUCAAAUGACACGGAGAGACUCCAACACAUCAACAGCAUUCGAAAAGCGCCUGUUGGUGCUCAAAUCAAGCGUGUUAUAGACUUGCUGUUAGAGACAAGGCUAGCUUAUACACCAGAACAAAUAAAUGAGGCAUGUUAUGUUGAUGUGACCUCAAACAAGGCAGUUUUUGACAGUUUGAGGAACAAUCCAAAAGUGACUUAUGAUGGAAAGCGCUUUUCUUACAAGUCCAAGCAUGAUUUAAAGGACAAGAGUCAACUACUUGUCUUGAUACGGAAAUAUCCUGAGGGCAUUGCUGUCAUUGAUCUCAAGGAUGCAUACCCAACAGUUAUGGAGGAUUUACAGGCUUUGAAAGCUGCUGGACAAAUUUGGUUGCUAUCAAACUUUGAUUCACAGGAGGACAUUGCAUAUCCUAACGACCCUAGGGCUGUUAUUAAGGUGGAUGAUGAUCUUAAGCAGCUCUUUAGGGGGAUUGAAUUGCCUCGUGAUAUGCUUGACAUUGAAAAGGAUCUACAGAAGAAUGGCAUGAAGCCUGCCACAAACACAGCAAAGAGGAGAGCAGCAGCCCAGGUACAGGGCGUUUCCUCCAAGCCAAAGACCAAGAAGAAGAAGCAUGAAAUCAGCAAGAGGACUAAGCUUACAAAUGCACAUCUUCCGGAACUUUUUCAAAAUCUUGGUUCAUAGAACUUGUCAGAAAAAUGAAGUUGUUGACCUAACCACUUGCAAAUCAUCAAAUAUGGACUGAGGUGGAAUAUGUCACUGAGAUACAAAGACAAGCUUCAAGAGUAUACAGUUAAAUGUUAAGUUGCCCUAUUCGUAUAUGAUGAGCUUACAGAGCUACAGAGAUAUAAUGUGUUUCGAGUUCAUAACGUCCUUCCUCAAUCAGAUUUCUUUUUUUCAACAGUGAUCAUGUUUCUGAAAGCCAGUGUGAUUCAAUCAUGUAACUUAAAAUGCAGAGCGGUGAACCUUUGUCAUCAUAGUGGUGGAUAUAUAUAAUUUUCUUCCUUUUGCAGGAUUUCAGUUUGCAAAUGAUAUUGAUUUGAUUUUGUAAGCAGUUGCCAUUUAUUGGCACAAUUAAUUACUCAUGACCGCUAUUCGAGCAAAGUUAGCUUAGUUA